UUAAAGAAAUAUAUUUAAAUUGUUUCAUAUGUAUUUUGCUUUCUGUCAUGAAGCCGGCAGACGGAUAUCUCUUCGCAAUCACUUUCAAUUUAUACGAUAUUUUCUUCGUUCAUACUUUAUAUAUAUAUAUAUAUAUAUAGCCAAUUCUUGCUGUUGCAAGUUUCAUUUUCUUCUGUGUUUCGAAAAUUUGCUUUCUGCAAAUCAAUGGGUAAAGAAGAACCUGAUGCCUCUCAAGAAAUACCCAAUAAUGUCUCCAACUAUAUAGAUCCAAAGCAGAAGGCAAUAGAUGAUUGGCUUCCCAUCACAUCUUCAAGAAAUGCAAAAUGGUGGUACGCAGCUUUCCACAAUGUUACUGCCAUGGUUGGAGCUGGUGUUCUCAGCCUUCCUUAUGCCAUGUCAAAUCUUGGAUGGGGACCUGGUACAGUAAUUCUUAUACUGUCAUGGGUAAUUACAUUAUACACUCUAUGGCAAAUGGUUGAAAUGCAUGAGAUGGUUCCUGGGAAACGUUUCGAUCGGUAUCAUGAGCUUGGGCAGCAUGCUUUUGGUGAAAAACUUGGUCUUUACAUUGUUGUGCCUCAACAACUAAUUUGUGAAGUUGGCGUAGAUAUAGUCUAUAUGGUUACAGGAGGAAAAUCUCUGCAAAAGGUUCAUGAUAUUGUUUGUAAGGAUUGUAAACCAAUCAAAACAACCUAUUUUAUAAUGAUCUUCGCUUCUGUCCAUUUUGUUCUUGCUCACCUCCCCAAUUUCAACUCCAUUUCUGGUGUUUCCUUGGCCGCUGCGGUCAUGUCUUUAAGUUACUCCACGAUUGCCUGGGCAGCUUCCGUCCAUAAGGGUCGUCAGCCGGACGUGGAAUACGGGUACAAAGCCACAACCACAUCAGGAACAGUAUUUGAUUUCUUUACUGCAUUAGGCGAUGUAGCUUUUGCCUACGCUGGACAUAACGUAGUGUUAGAAAUUCAAGCAACAAUACCUUCGACACCAGAAAAGCCAUCAAAAGGUCCAAUGUGGAGAGGAGUUGUAAUUGCAUAUAUAGUUGUGGGAUUGUGUUAUUUUCCGGUUGCUCUGAUAGGAUACUACAUGUUUGGAAACAAAGUUGAAGACAAUAUCCUUAUUUCUUUAGAAAAACCAACUUGGCUUAUUGUUGCUGCUAAUAUGUUCGUUGUGGUUCAUGUUAUUGGAAGCUAUCAGUUGUAUGCCAUGCCUGUUUUUGAUAUGAUUGAAACGGUUUUGGUAAAGAAAUUGCAUUUCAAGCCUAGUACAACCCUUCGGUUUAUCAGCCGCAAUUUAUACGUCGCAUUCACAAUGUUUGUUGGCAUAUGCUUUCCGUUCUUUGGAGGCUUACUCGGAUUCUUUGGAGGAUUUGCUUUUGCCCCAACAACUUACUUUCUCCCUUGCAUAAUGUGGCUUGCAGUCUACAAACCAAAGAGGUUCAGCUUGUCCUGGGUUACAAACUGGAUAUGCAUUAUAUUUGGCAUCUUAUUGAUGACUUUAUCUCCUAUUGGAGGAUUAAGAAAUAUAAUACUUAAAGCCAAGGACUAUGUGUUUUUCUCUUGAUUACACAGUCUUUCCCGUGGAAAACAAAGGAUGGAUAUGCAAUAUAUAAUUUGUUUGUAUCAAAAAAAUAAACCAAGUUAACGGUGAUCAAAAAUCAAGGUUUGAUUAGUAGAUUUGUGUCCUUUUCUUGGCUCCAACAAUAUAUCUCUGGUGGUUUCAUGUCA